AGCGCGCAGCAUGGCGAUCGGUGGUGCGCUGUGUCCCUUGGACACAGCGGAUCACCGAUCCACGGAAAGAGCCGAAGAAUCCAAUCACAGCUGAUCACAUGGGACAUGUACACUGAUCAUCAGAGCACUGAUGAUCAGUGUGCCCUGGUGAUCUGUGUAGCCCCAGCAGUGCCACCUGUCAGUGUCCAUAAGUGCCAGCUCUCAGUACCCAUCCAUGCCACCUGCCAGUGGCCAUCAGUGCCACAUUUCAGUGCCCAUCAGUGCCACAUCAAUGCCACAUAUCAGUGCCCAUCUGAGCUGCCUUUCAGUGUCACCCAUCAGUUCCAGUCAGUGCCACCUAUCAAAGCCAGUCAGUGUCACCUAUCAGUGCUGCCAAUCAGUGCCGCCUAUCAGUGCCAGUCAGUGCCGCCUAUCAGUGCCAGUCAGUGUCGCCUAUCAGCGUGCAUCAGUGCUGCCUAUCAGUGCCCGUCA